GGAGGCCGCGAGGUAGAAGUGGGCGGGCCCAUCAAUACAGCGUCCGGGCUGAGGCCGCGCUUCAGGCCGGUGGUCACGUAGGCAGCGGAAAGCCGGACCAGACGCCUGCGCGCUGGGAUGCGUAAGCUCCGAGGGCAUUCCGGAAGCUGGGGCGCGGCGGACUGCGCGGGCGGUGGGACUCAGCUUAGUUUCCGGUGCGGCGAACACCAAAGUCCGGGAACCGAGACAUUUUCAGGUUUUAGGGUUGUUACGAAGCUGCAGGAGCGAGAUGGAGGUGGACGCACCGGCUGGUGAUGGUCGAGACGGUCCCCGGGAGCGGCGAGGCCAGAGCGAGGCAGGGAGGCAGAACCUCGAUGUGCGGCCUCAGUCCGGGACAAACGGGCUUCCUAAACACUCCUACUGGUUGGACCUCUGGCUCUUCAUCCUUUUCGACGCGGUGGUAUUUCUCUUCGUGUAUUUUUUGCCAUGACUCAUUUGGUGAUACCCAUAUUAAGAAGUUCGUUCUUGAGUGAAUUCUGAAAAUGGCUACAAAUGUCUUGAAUAAAGAAGACAGGACUUUCAACAGAAGAAUUUCAAAUCUCCAAGGGACCCUUCCUUUCAUUUUACACUUUGUUACUAAUUUGCAGAACUCUAUUAAAUUGGUAGGAUUUCACCCAUUCCUCACUAAGUUGUUAAAAUUAAACCUUUUGGUUCAUGUUUAAAAACGUUUCAGACAUCCGAUGGCUUUACAGGGGCUGAAUAGAAAAACAUUUGUACUUAAAGGUUUUGUGUAUUAAUUAAGAAAUAUAGUAAUGUCUUAAUGUUUUAAGAGUUGUU